CCGGGUCCCCGGGGCGUGAGCCCGCUAGGGGGCCCGCGGCUUCCGGCGGCAGCACCUGGGCCCCGCACCGUCGUGGGGCCCCGCCGCCACCGAGGCGCGCACGCCCUUAGCCGCCGAGGGCAUGGCCGAUGGUGGAGCGCGGUCGGGGCUGUUCCGGGCCAAGUUUCCCGGCGCCCCGGGGUUCGGUUCUGAUGGGCACAGAGUUCUCCCACCAGAGCCCACAAAAUGGAGGACGACGUCUCCUCCCGCCGCAGCCAUGGCGGAGGACCAGAAAUUUCGUUCAACCCUAUCUGGUGCAUCUUUGGCAGAAAGUGAGGAAAACACCCCCAUUGUUCUUUGGCAUGGACACAAGUUCAGUGGGAACAUUAGAAUUGACUGAUCAAACUCCUGUUUUAUUAGGAAGUACAGCCAUGGCAACUAGUCUCACGAACGUAGGAAAUUCAUUUAGUGGCCCACCGAAUCCUUUAGUGUCUAGAUCUAGUAAGUUUCAGAAUUCAUCAGUGGAAGAUGACGAUGACGUUGUUUUUAUUGAACCUGUACAACCUCCUCCAUCUUCUGCGCCUUCGGUUGCUGAUCAAAGAAGCGUAACAUUUACAUCUUCAAAAAAUGAAGAACUACAAGGAAAUGAUCCCAAAGUCCUUCCUUCAUCGAAAGAGUUGGCUUCUCAGAAGGGCAGUGUAAGUGAGACAAUUGUCAUUGAUGAUGAAGAGGACAUGGAAACAAAUCAAGGGCAAGAGAAGAAUUCCUCAAAUUUUAUUGAAAGGAGACCUUCUGAAACUAAAAACAGAACGAAUGAUGUGGAUUUCUCUACUUCCACUUUUUCAAGAAGUAAGGUAAACACAGGAAUGGGUAAUAGUGGUAUUACCACAGAACCAGACUCUGAAAUUCAGAUUGCUAAUGUUACAACCUUAGAAACAGGUGUAAGCUCUGUGAGUGAUGGCCAGCUAGAAAAUACUGACGGGAGAGAUAUGAACUUAAUGAUUACUCAUGUAACAUCACUGCAUAAUACCAACCUGGGAGAUGUCUCUAACGGACUUCAGUCAAGUAACUUUGGUGUUAAUAUACAAACAUACACCCCAUCUUUAACUUCACAGACCAAGUCUGGAGUAGGACCUUUUAAUCCUGGUAGGAUGAAUGUUGCAGGAGAUGUAUUUCAGAAUGGAGAGUCUGCACCGCACCAUAAUCCUGAUUCUUGGAUCUCCCAGUCAGCAUCAUUUCCUCGUAACCAGAAACAACAAGGGGUGGAUUCUUUAUCACCAGUGGCCUCACUUCCUAAACAGAUAUUCCAGCCUUCUGCCCAACAACAACCCACUAAACCAGUUAAAGUCACUUGUGCAAACUGCAAAAAACCUCUACAGAAGGGGCAGACAGCUUAUCAACGGAAAGGAUCAGCUCACCUCUUUUGUUCAACCACCUGCCUUUCUUCUUUCUCUCACAAACCUGCUCCAAAGAAACUCUGUGUUAUGUGUAAAAAAGAUAUAACUACAAUGAAAGGAACAAUUGUUGCUCAAGUAGAUUCAAGUGAGUCCUUCCAAGAAUUUUGUAGUACAUCUUGUCUGUCUCUCUAUGAAGACAAGCAGAGUCCUGCUAAAGGAGCUCUAAAUAAAUCGAGAUGCACAAUCUGUGGCAAACUGACUGAGAUUCGCCAUGAAGUUAGUUUUAAAAAUAUGACUCAUAAGCUGUGCAGUGACCACUGCUUCAAUAGAUAUAGAAUGGCCAAUGGUCUAAUAAUGAAUUGCUGUGAACAAUGUGGAGAAUAUUUGCCUAGUAAAGGUGCUGGAAAUAAUGUUCUGGUGAUUGAUGGUCAGCAGAAAAGAUUUUGCUGUCAGAGUUGUGUCAGUGAAUACAAACAGGUAGGUAGCCAUCCAAGCUUCCUGAAGGAAGUUCGAGAUCACAUGCAGGACUCUUUCUUAAUGCAGCCUGAGAAAUAUGGAAAACUGACAACUUGUACUGGUUGCCGAACACAGUGCAGGUUUUUUGAUAUGACUCAGUGCAUAGGUCCUAAUGGAUAUAUGGAGCCAUAUUGUUCAACUGCCUGCAUGAAUAGUCACAAGACAAAAUAUGCAAAAUCACAAAGUUUGGGAAUUAUUUGCCAUUUUUGUAAGCGAAACUCUUUACCUCAGUACCAAGCCACAAUGCCUGAUGGAAAACUAUAUAACUUUUGCAAUUCCAGUUGUGUGGCUAAAUUUCAGGCUCUAAGCAUGCAGUCAUCUCCAAAUGGCCAAUUUGUAGCACCCAGUGAUAUUCAAUUGAAAUGCAACUACUGUAAAAAUUCCUUUUGUUCAAAACCAGAAAUCUUGGAAUGGGAGAACAAAGUUCAUCAGUUCUGCAGCAAAACUUGCUCAGAUGACUAUAAGAAGUUGCAUUGCAUAGUUACAUAUUGCGAAUACUGCCAAGAGGAGAAGACGCUUCAUGAAACAGUAAAUUUCUCUGGCGUUAAGAGACCUUUCUGUAGUGAAGGCUGCAAGCUAUUAUACAAACAAGACUUUGCAAGACGAUUAGGAUUAAGAUGUGUUACGUGCAACUAUUGUUCUCAGCUGUGUAAGAAGGGAGCAACUAAAGAGCUUGAUGGAGUUCUCAGAGACUUCUGCAGUGAAGACUGCUGUAAAAAAUUUCAGGAGUGGUACUACAAGGCUGCGAGGUGUGACUGCUGUAAAUCUCAAGGCACUCUUAAAGAGCGAGUGCAGUGGCGUGGGGAGAUGAAACAUUUCUGUGAUCAACACUGCUUACUACGUUUCUACUGUCAGCAAAAUGAGCCCAACAUGACGACCCAAAAAGGACCUGAAAACCUCCAUUAUGAUCAGGGCUGUCAGACGUCCCGAACCAAAAUGACAGGCUCAGCACCACCCCCUUCUCCUACACCAAACAAAGAGAUGAAGAACAAAGCAAUUCUUUGCAAACCUUUAACAAUGACAAAAGCAACUUACUGUAAGCCUCACAUGCAGACCAAAUCUUGUCAGACAGAUGAGAAUUGGAAGACAGAGUAUGUCCCAGUGCCUAUCCCUGUACCUGUUUAUGUCCCCGUGCCUAUGCACAUGUACAGCCAGAAUAUUCCUGUCCCUACCACAGUUCCUGUUCCUGUGCCCGUUCCUGUGUUUCUGCCUGCUCCAUUGGACAGCAGUGAGAAGAUUCCUUCCACAGUUGAGGACCUAAAAAGCAAAGUUUCUUCAGAUCCACUUGAUACAGAAUUGCUUACAAUGACAGAUAUGAUGACUGAAGAUGAGGGGAAAACAGAGUCAUCAAACAUCAACAGUGUAAUUAUUGAGAGUGACAUAAUUGGCUCAGAUCUCACAAAGAACUCUGACCCAGAUAUACAAUCCAGUAUGCCUGAUGUACCAUAUGAGCCAGAUUUGGAUAUUGAAAUAGAUUUCCCCAGAGCUGCGGAGGAGCUUGAUAUGGAAAAUGAGUUUUUAUUACCACCUGUUUUUGGAGAAGAAUAUGAGGAGCAGCCCCGACCUCGAUCUAAAAAGAAGGGUACCAAGAGAAAAGCUGUAUCAGGAUACCAGUCUCAUGAUGAUAGUUCUGACAAUUCAGAAUGCAGCUUUCCUUUCAAGUAUACAUAUGGUGUAAAUGCAUGGAAACAUUGGGUCAAAACUAGGCAGCUUGAUGAAGAUCUUCUGGUAUUAGAUGAGCUAAAAUCCCCUAAAUCAGUAAAGUUAAAAGAAGAUCUACUCUCUCAUACCACAGCUGAGCUCAACUAUGGGCUAGCCCAUUUUGUCAAUGAGAUCCGACGACCAAAUGGAGAGAAUUAUGCACCCGACAGCAUCUAUUACCUCUGCCUUGGUAUACAGGAGUACUUAUGUGGUAGUAAUCGAAAGGACAACAUAUUUAUUGAUCCAGGAUACCAGAUGUUUGAGCAAGAAUUGAAUAAAAUACUCCGAAGUUGGCAACCAAGCAUUCUUCCAGAUGGUUCAAUAUUCUCUCGAGUUGAAGAAGACUAUCUCUGGAGGAUAAAACAGCUAGGAUCACACUCUCCAGUAGCUCUUUUGAACACCUUAUUCUACUUUAACACUAAGUAUUUUGGCCUGAAAACAGUGGAGCAACACUUAAGACUUUCCUUUGGCACCGUGUUUAGGCAUUGGAAAAAAAAUCCUUUAACGAUGGAAAAUAAAGCAUGUCUUCGGUAUCAGGUGUCUUCCUUAUGUGGAACAGAUAAUGAAGAUAAAAUUGCUACUGGAAAACGAAAACAUGAAGAUGAUGAGCCAGUAUUUGAACAAAUUGAAAACACAGCCAACCCUUCUAGAUGUCCUGUGAAAAUGUUUGAAUGCUACUUGUCUAAAAGUCCACAGAAUCUUAAUCAGAGAAUGGAUGUUUUUUAUUUGCAACCAGAAUGUUCUAGUUCUACAGAUAGCCCUGUGUGGUACACAUCUACUUCCCUGGACCGGAACACCCUGGAAAAUAUGCUUGUACGGGUUCUUCUAGUAAAAGAUAUUUAUGAUAAAGACAAUUAUGAACUGGAUGAAGACACAGACUGAAAAAGGACCGUUUCAGAAGCAAUGGGAUAACACAGCAUUAGAUAGUCAUGCUGCUAGAUCUUUACAGGAAAACAUUUCAAGUUUACUCCUUCUGUUUUGAGUUUUGUAGCAAUGUACCCACACUGGGUAUCACCAUGUAAAUAAUCUGUGAGUGAAAGUUGCCAUUAUUCUAUGUAGUGGUUUUAGGAUACUUAACAAAUACAUCAAAUUCUUUUUUAUUAUUAUUUAUUUGAUUAGGUAUGUUUGUAACUUUUUACAUUACAAAAUAUGAAGAGAAUGUGCCAUGUAUAAGUUUUUCUUGUUGCACUGCUCUCCUGUUGCAAAGCUCCCUCCAAAGGGCGUGCUUUUACUGCGUUCUGACCAGAUGGUUGUGUAUGGGUAGCACUACUCAAGUUUAGAACUUGCAGUGUCUUUCAAAAUUUUUAAAAUAAACUGUAAACUAAUAGGCUGGGUUUUUUGUUUUGUUUGGGUUUUUUUGUUUGUUUGUUUUAUGUUUUAGUUACUGAAGCCUUACCAGGUUGUGUAGAGAGAUACCAUCUUCUGUACCAAAAAUAGACAAGAGAAUGCUGUCGAUACUGGUGUUCUGUAAUGUGAACCUAUGCUGGUGAAAACGACUUUAUGUUCCCUUUAUUAAAACUUAGUGUCCUUUUCUCACUUGUGACUUUCUGCAUCACCCCAUCAAUAAAAAAGUAUGUAUGUAUAUAUA